AUGGUCAUCUUCUCCAAUGACAACGACACACGGGGCAAGUGCAGCCGCUCGCCCGAUCUCAUCCACACAGCGGGCAGGGGCCGCCGGCACGGCGGGGAUGCACAGGGAGAGAGGCCGCCGAGUUACCUGGAACAAGACGCAGGCUUGGCGGCCGAGACAGUGACCUGGGGCCGCUCCUCGCCCACCAACUCCACUGCAGGACGCCGGAAGCCGCUGUGUUUGGUUACCACGGCAACCGGGGAAGGUUUCCUUAGCAACGCGCGUUCCAACAGAAAACAUCGCUUGCCACCACAAGAGGCAAGAAGGCGCCGUCUGGAGCGUUACCGACUGCGGAGGAAAAGGAUGAUACACAUCGGGCUGCAAGUUGAUAGAUGGCAUCAGCUGAAAUCAGAACUGAGCCUUGAGAAUGACGCCGCCCUCGCUAAAUUUCUCCUGGAUUAUUACAGGUUUCAGAAUUUUAUCAACAUCCCUGCAGCAGCUUCCACUGACAGCAGAGAUCUCCAACCAUGGAUUAAAAACAUUGUGAGACACUUCAUCUCCUGCUGCCUGCGCUGUGGAGGUGAUGCAAACUCCCUGAUGUCUCGCUGGCGUAGCAUCCUACAUCACACAGUGAAUGUGCAUGAGUGGCUGCUUGGCGAUGGCUGCACUUCAGCUGCAUGUGAGCACGGCCCCCUCACAGAGAAGGAAAUGGCCGAUUGCAAGUGGGUGACGGUGGGAUCUCCUGCCCACUGUGCCCUGCGGGAAGUGGUCUACGACAAAUGGCUCACCUCUCACCUCAACUACUUUGCCCACGCCAGGGUAACCGAUGAACUGGAGAUAUUUAACAAACAUAUUAAAAUAUAUGCUACAAAAAACUUCACAUACGAGUACAAGGAUUACUACGUACGCACCUUGCUCGCAGCAAUUGAUCACAACUCGCACAUAGAUCGCGCAUUUCAGCAAAGUGCCAGUGGCGAAAUCAUCUACUGCAAAAUGUAUUCUAAAAAGAACAGGAAUUGGAAAGUGCUUCCCGCACUUGUCAAGAAACAAUACCAAUACUUUGAGGAGUUGCGUUUGAACAUUCUGAAAGAAAAACCGUCAAAGGAAGCCAGUCAACAUCAAUCCAAAACUACAAAAGGAGGAAGCAAGAAGGCUCUGCCUGGUAAUAGAAUCUACCUGCUAAACACCAACCACCAUGAUACAGUGUGCAACGAAGCCAAAACGUUACCUCGGUUCGUUACUCCACAGAUGCUGCUCAAUCUACUGACUUACUCAUAG